AUAGUCACAAUUACCUCUCAGCGUCUCCUUGAGCCUCUUCAUCAUCCACAUCCCUACAUAUUCCAUUAACUGCACUUAAUAGUCACAAUUACCUCACAGCGUCUCCUUAGCCUCUUCAUCAUCCACUUAUUCAAGUAACGUAACACAAACAUAAAUGUCAGUUUCCUAUAUAAAUCCUGUAGAUAGAAGAAGCCUCUCACCAGUCUAUAUCUCUCCUUGUUCCUCUAAAAAUGGCUUAUAAUCUCAAUCUCGUUCUUUUCAUUGCUAUUUUGGUAGCAGCUAGCUGUUAUUACGGAGCCAUGGCACAUCCCUUGGCCGCCUCGAGCUCAAGCCUCAUUGCUCGAUUGAAAUUAGAUGAACAAUCAUCAGGUUGUUGGGACUCUUUGAUUCAACUUCAAGCUUGCACUGGAGAAAUCAUCGUUUUCUUCCUCAAUGGAGAGACUUACUUAGGUCAAGGCUGUUGCAGAGCUGUCCGUACCAUCAGUAGACAAUGUUGGCCUAACAUGAUUGAUACAUUAGGAUUCACUGAAGAAGAAGGUGACAUACUCGAAGGUUACUGUAUAAAGGACGACAAUGAUGGUAAAUCUCCUCCAUCGUCGCCGCUGCCGCAUGUGGUGGUGCCUAAUUUGGUUGUUCCAAAGGAGUCAUCGGUUCCUUGAGCAAAGUUUGGUAUUUGGUGGUUUGGUGAAAGACAAUGUUUACUGUUUACUACAUAAAAAAAUAAAUUGUUAUGAGCCAAAAUUUUAACUUA